AUGGACGGUUCCAAUUCGCCCUCGUCCGAGAGCCGCGGUGCGACCGACGAAAAGCAAAAGUCCACGACGCAGAAUAGGGUGCGCCGACGCAAUCGCAUGAUUACAUCGUGUCUAGAAUGUCGCCGGAGAAAGCUCAAGUGCGAUAAGCUUCAUCCUUGCACUAAUUGCAGCAAAUUCUCGCGUGACUGUCUCUUCCUAGCUCCGGCUCUAGAUUCAGUGUCACAGCAACGUCUCAAUGAGAUCAAGGAGAAAAUGGGGUCUCUUGAACGAGUGCUUGAGCAGGACGUCGCACGCAAGGAAGGAAGGGCCGCCACAGCUUCGCCCCAGAAAUCGCAACGGAGAACAUCAGCUGACCUUCCUGGAGGAGAGGACAGCAGCUCUGACAACGAAGCUGCCGUCCCGGAAGACGAGAAAGGUCUUGAGCCGACCCCAUUGGCGGUCAUUGAUGCUUCUUACGAGGACGAUGCGAAUGAUGAUGUCCUAGACCUGGGGAUUAAGAUUGGCAAAAUGCGUUUGACGGAGCGACUCGGUGGCUUUUUCCGACCCAGACUCCACGAAGAGAUGGACAUCACACUCUCAGAACCCAUCAAUGAUCGUCGCACCCCCGACGAGAAACUCUCAGCAAUGCCGCAACUCCCAGAUCACCACAGUGACUUCCUGGCCCCCGGACCUUCGUACAUUGCCCCUGGCUCUGGGUUCUUGUUUGGAGACGUCGGCAGCAAGAGGUCCCUUAUCAACUUCUUGCCGGCAAAAUCGGCGGCCGACAUUUUGGUACGCAACUACUUUGAGAAUGUCCACUUUAUUGCCCGUGUGGUUCAUUGGCCAAGCUUUCAGCUACAGUAUGAUGAUUUUUGGACUUCUGUUCUCGCUGGUCUUGAACCUCCUGCCUGGCAACAAUCCAUUGUCCUCUCGGUCCUGUUCUCAGCAGUGGCAAGUAUGCCGGAAUCAGAUGUCACGGCUACUUUCGCGAGACCCAAAAGCACUAUACUCGCCAAUUUCCAGACGGGCACUGAAGUGGCCCUGAGUAAAGCACAAAUUCUGAGGGCGACUAAAAUCGAAACAUUACAGGCUCUCGUGGUCUACCUGAUCCCUAUGUGUCGAGACCAGAUCUCGCGAGCUCACUCAGUGAUAGUCGGUAUGGCGGUUCGCCUAGCGGAAUGUAUGGGCCUCCAUCGCGACCCGGAGGCAGUGUAUGGCCUAUCCCCUGUCGAGUGUCACGUCCGCCGCAUCGUAUGGUUUCAACUUUGCUUUCUGGAUUUCCGCACCUGCGAGUCUCAAGGGCCGCGACCGGGCAUUAAGCGUGAGGAUUAUGAUACGAAAUUCCCGCUCAACAUCAAGGAUGCCGAUCUCCUCUUGGCGAAGCCUCAGGAGGCGAAGACUAAGUGGACAGAUAUGACCAUGUCACGGAUCCACUUUGAAUGCACAGAAAUGCAACGAGUUAUCUGGUACGAUCGCAUUCGUAUCGAGAAGAAGAGGGCCUCAUUGACGCAUGUCCUGAGCAAAGUGGAAUCUUUUCGCAAAGCCAUGGAAGCCAAAUACAGUCCAAUCUUGGAUAUCGAAGUGCCCAUUCAGAAAUACGCACAAUUACUCAUGAAUCUUAUGGUUCAGCGCAUGUACGUCAUGGUGUUGCAUCGGUACUUGAACAAUUCCAGCAAUAAAGUGCCCGAGAGGCUUGCAAAUCUCACUAUCCACAGCGGUUUGCUGGCCAUGGAGAAUGCAGUUGCAAUGGAACGAAUACCCGAACUAAGGAGAUGGAAAUGGUAUAACGGAGCCUACCAGCAGUGGCACAUUGCCUUUUUGCUGCUAUCAGUCAUCUAUCAAGAGCCGACACUUCGGGACGCUGAGCGAAUAUGGAAUGUGAUCGACUUUGUGUUUGAGCCAGAUCUCUCUCUGUCACGGACCCAACGAGCCAGGGCGAUUAUUGCGGCAGUCAGGGAUCGAACGGCGAUUUAUCGAGACCUGCGCAGGAUUCGGAUCCCUGUUAGCAUGAAGGAUGGUCUGGACAAAGUUCACCGGAAGGGCUCUGAACCAACGCAGGAGAAAGGCCAAAUCGAUGCAUCCAGCUCGCUGCACCCAUCGGCCAUCAGGACUACGUCACCACCGAAUGCGGCCAGAGGAGACAUGAGGUUCUCGGUCGACCAGCCCUGGAGCUUUGAUACCCCGGCAACCAUGUAUAUUGACGCGAAAUACCUGCCAUCCGGAGAUGCGGCCCAUCUCACGCACUUCGUAGCGUCACAGUUUUCAUCACCUCCGUCUGCACGGCAACACUCGCCGCUGCUAUCACAGUCACUGUCACAAUCAAAAUCACAACCGCCGCCGCAGCAAACACCGCCCGCCCGCGCAGACGCAAAUCAGUCUUCGCCAGGUCAGCAGAUUGACUUUAACAGUCCCAGCGACUCGGGGACCAACGAGUCCUGGCCGCCACUGAUCACGACAGAUCAAGUGAGCUGGCGAACGGUGGUGGGACCGGGUCCACAGGCUUCGCCGCCUCCCCAAGCCAUUCAAGCACUCCCUGGGGUUGUACCAAGGCAGCCCUCAUCCGCGGGUGGCAGCCCCUUUGGUAUUAACUCGGGCUUUCCAAGUGAUCAGAUCAACAUCCCCCAAUUCCAGAAUAAUACCCGAAAUGAUUCCGUCAUGCUUGACAUUGACUGGGUGAGUGCCCGAUCUGUUCGUGGCUUGACAUGUGUGAUUGCAGCGCUGACAUAA